UCCUAUUCGCAGAGCGGGUUUACGCCCGGUUGUGCGCGUGCGGGCCCGCGCCACCUUAGGAGCGUGCGCUACGCGAUUUGCGCGGCGUUAUUGUGAAUGGCGGGGGGGAAGGCGGGGUGGAUUCUAUGCCUUGUAUGCAUGCAUGCAUGUAUGUGAGUGUGUGCGGUAGUUGGUAGUGGCGGCGGCGGCGGCGGCGGUGGGAGGAGGAUGAUGUCAGCCUGCGAAUGUCAACAAUGUAGCGAUUGAGGGGAGUAGGCGGCGUUCCAUUGGGAAGAGCGCGAGCCACCGGGAGAGUCAGUGGAACCAACAGGACGGGGGCAGCAGCCGCAGCAGCAACAAUACGACGCCGCCGGGCUGCGAAGAAGCGCGGAGCUGCCGCCGCCUCCGCCUUGUGCACAGAAGCCCCCGAGCGCUGCAGCGGCAGAGCAAGCCCUGCGUGGCUCCCCCCGCCACCUCUCUCUCUCUCUCUCUGCCUCCCCCCACAUCCCUUUUCGCCGUUGCAGCCUCUUCUUCCUCCACCACCGCCACCCUCUUCCACUUCCCCGCCCCCUCCCUUUUAUAUGUCUAUAUCCAUUUCUGUCCCCCCCUCCUUUUAUGUCUAUGUAUAUGCAUGCCUAUAUGCGCGUGUACAUAGGCAUAUCUAAAACUCCUCCUGUGCAAGACUUCGCUUCGCGAGGCAGCUGGCUGUUGUUGUUUCCAUUUCAUUUUAUUUUUUGAUCGGCGAGCAAGUCGGUAUGUGACCGGCGCCUUCUUUGAGGCGCACAUUUUUCUACAGACCACCUCAGCGGCCACCGCGAGAGCCCUCAGCGAGAUCCAGUUUUGUUUUUUUGUUUUUAAAGACCUAUAUAGAUAGAUAUAUUUCGCCCCCUUCCCGACGUUGGCAGGGGAAGGACCGGUCGCUUGUCGAAAGUUGCGUGGAUGAGAAGGUUGCCACCAGAGAAGCUGAGCUGCCAGAAGCUUGCCCUGUGAAUCUUCAGGCGUUCUUAUCUUAAUGGAUUGCUGUAACCUACUAAUCUCUCCAUUUGUCCACUUCCCUGUUUCGUGAGAAUAUUAGCCAGCACAGAUCCUGGGAAAGUUACAUGGUGUGAACGGAAUGUCUGUGGAUGAGAAGACUGAAUCCCCCAUGUAUGUGUAUGAGUCAACAGUCCAUUGUACCAAUAUCCUCCUGUGCCUCAAUGACCAGCGGAAGCAGGAUAUUCUCUGUGAUGUGACUUUGAUUGUGGAGGGGAAAGAGUUCCGAGCCCACCGGGCUGUGCUGGCUGCGUGCAGCGAAUACUUCUUGCAGGUGUUGGUCGGGCAGACAGAAAAUGAUCUGGUGGUCAGCCUGCCAGAGGAGGUCACUGCCAGGGGAUUUGGCCCAUUGUUACAGUUUGCCUACACUGCUAAGCUGUUACUCAGCAGAGAAAACAUACGAGAGGUCAUCCACUGUGCAGAGUUCCUGCGCAUGCACAACCUGGAGGAUUCUUGCUUCAGCUUCCUUCAAACGCAACUCCUGAACAAUGAAGAUGGCCUGUUUCUGUGCAAAAAAGACACCACCUACCAGCGGAUGCAUGAAGACGAGAACUCCGAGGGAGAAGAGGAGGAGACAAUGGAGUCGGAGACUUCCAAGAUCUCUUGCCCAAGGGAGAGAACACACCCAGAGCCCUUUAACUUUGAAUCGGCCAGUUCGGGAGCGGACAAGGAAGAAGGGAUGCUGCCCGACUCUGAUAUCUUGAACGAUGGCAAGGACAGUUUGGACAAAGAAGCAGUGACGCGGUUACCCAGAUAUAAGAAAUACCAGAUGGCUUGUACCAAGAAUGUCUACAACGCAUCACACAUUAGUACCUCAGGUUUUGCAAGCACAUUCAGUGAAGAAAGUUCUGGCGAUAGCCUCAAGCCAGAGCUUCCUGUAGGGCAAAUUAAAAGUGAGCCUAGAAGUGAGGAGAAUGAUGAAGAAAACAUCACGCUUUGCCUCUCUGGAGAUGAGCCUGACAUCAGGGAUAAAGAGGGGGAUGUUGAAAUGGACCGGAAGCAGCCAAGUCCCACCGGAGCUGACAGGUCUAAAAGUGUUUCCUCCCCUUCCUGCCUAAGGUCUUUCUUCAACCGAACAAAAAAUGUAGACUUAGUUGGCUUCCCCAGUACUUCCCAACAGCACUUUGCCAGGAGUCCAGCAUGCCCUUUCGAUAAGGGGACAACUCAGGGUGACCACAAAACUGAUUAUGUCCCUUUCGCAGGGAAUUAUGGACUCUCCCAAGCUGUUCAGAAGGAUGCUUCCAAUUUUACCGUGGGGUCGCCUCUCAGGGGCCCUGGCUUUGUUGAAGGUCUCUGUAAGCAGGAAGGUGAGGUGGACAGGAGGAGUGUUAUAUUCUCUUCAAAUGUUUGUGACCAAGUAAACACUUCGGUGCAUUCAUAUUCUGGCAUGAGCAGCUUGGACAAAGAUCUCACCGAGACUGUGCCAAAGGGUCUCUGGGCAGGAAGUAGCCAGUCCCUUCCCAGUUGCCAGACCUAUUCUCACAUUGGACAGGCAGCUGAUCUCUUACCAGGACGGAUGCGGCCGAACACCAGCUGCCCAGUGCCAAUUAAAGUUUGCCCUCGCUCUCCUCCACUAGAAACCAGAACGAGGACCUCCAGCUCAUGUUCCUCCUACUCGUACGCGGAGGAUGGCAGCGGGGGUUCGCCAUGUAGCCUCCCUCUCUGCGAGUUUUCAUCUUCCCCCUGUUCCCAAGGAACUCGGUUCCUGACCGCUGAGCAUCAGGAGCCAAGCGUGAUGGGAGAUGGAAUGUACAACCAAGUCAGACCCCAGAUAAAAUGUGAGCCAUCCUAUGGAACAAACUCUAGCGAUGAGUCUGGAUCGUUCUCUGAAGCAGACAGUGAAUCAUGUCCUGUGCAAGACAGAGGACAUGAGGUGAAACUUCCAUUUCCUGUAGAUCAAAUCACGGAUCUUCCAAGGAAUGAUUUCCAGAUGAUGAUAAAGAUGCACAAAUUAACCUCAGAGCAAUUGGAAUUUAUCCAUGAUGUUCGACGGCGCAGUAAAAACCGGAUUGCAGCUCAGCGUUGCCGUAAGAGAAAACUGGACUGUAUUCAGAAUUUAGAAUGUGAAAUCCGCAAGUUGGUUUGUGAGAAGGAGAAACUUUUAUCAGAAAGGAACCAAUUGAAAGCAUGCAUGGGGGAGCUGUUAGAUAAUUUCUCCUGCCUUUCCCAAGAAGUGUGUAGGGAUAUGCAGAGCUCCGAACAGAUCCAAGACCUGCACCGAUACUGCCCUGUCCUCAGGCCUAUGGAUCUUCCAACAGCAACCAGUAUCAACCCUUCGCCAGCCGGAGUAGAGCAAAAUGUGGUGACAUCUCAGUGUGUUGGGGAAGGCUUGCAGUGCUGUUCGGAGCAAAGCCCAGUGCAGCAACUAGGAGCUCACUGGCUACCUAACAACAUUUCUGACAAAUGCGCAGCGGCAAGAGUAUUGGAUGGAGCUGACCAAGGUACUUACUGCGAGCAGGAGCUCCCUCUUGAGCAGAAUAACCAAACGGUGACAGUGGACUUCUGUCAGGAAAUGACUGAUAAAUGUACAACAGAUGAGCAACCUAGGAAGGAAUACACCUAGUGGCUGUAUACCUUUUUCACGCCAUGUCUAGCAAGGUAUUCUUCAGUCAGCCAGUGGCCACGUUCGUUUGUUGUUUAGAUUGAAGAACAUAUUUGGUGCACACUACAGUGGUCUUAGCAGCAAUACUGUUUUUAAGUAUUCCCUCCUCUCUACAAGCGGGAGUUUAACUUCUUCACUAUGGUGCUAUCCCUUGCUCAUGCAGGGGAACAAAACAGUGGCAACACUGUCUGUUUCUUUUUUAUUGUUGUUGUUAUUGUUGUUGUUAUUGUAUUUUAAUUUCAAUAUUCAACAGGGAUGGACAUAACACCUCUGAGGACCCAAACGCAGCUUUUUUCUCAGUGGCCCAUGUCACAAAACCCUAACUCAGGAAUUUCCUCUGAAUGUUCAAUUUUUCAUUGAAGACAGCUUCUUUACACAUCAAAGUUUUAUAACUAAACUGUACAUACUAUAUAUAGUAUAUAUAAAAAUAUAUAUCCAUAUGCAAAAAAAAUCCCUGCAUGCCUCAAUUUUUUCUCAUGAAAACAACUGGAAUUUUUUUUUCAUUUCUAUUGUAUAAACAAAUUCCAACAUUCCUUUUUUUUUUGUCAAUGCUAGGUAGUAGUUUGUACCUGUUUUUAAUAUUUUCUCACCACCACUUAGGUUCACGGUUCAGCAAUAUCAUUCAGUUUGUAUUUUAUUUAUAAAGUUUAAUGUUGGAAGCUGAUUUGAAAUUUUAAUAUACACAGUGUUUGUGGCACAGCUGUCUUUUAUGUGCCCAUUUGAGCAAAGUGGGUUUUAUUUGAAUCCUCUCACAAUACUGUACAGCGAUGGUCAACUUUGCCACUUGCACUGAGUUUUGGAUCAAACCCCUUUUCAUAAAUGAAGUUGUGACUUCAGUAUAACUCAUAUACUGUAUUCUUUGCUUUUUUAUUGUUAUCUGUUAAGUAAAACAACAUUUUUUAUAUAAAAAAACAACAACACCACUCAGGAGAUGAUUAUGUAGGGAAAUAACAAUCUUGCCAAAUAUGGAAUUCACCCAAUAGUGUGAAUUGGGUAUUUUCUGUAUUCGUCUUUUUCUUCUUUCUUUUACUUCCCCAAUUCAGAUAUUAAGUCGCUGCUUCUUCUUCUUUCUUUAAGAGGGAUUUUCUAUUUGUCAAGUAUCGUUUGAUACUUACAAAGACACCUUAAAAACUGUACAGUGGCCAGUGUAUGUCACUGAUAUUGAGAACUAUAGCUUAAGACACAGGCUGUUUACGUUGGUGAACAUAGUUCCAUGAGACUCAGUGAAGUUUGAAUUAAGCUUCCCACUGCAAUUCUUGCUUAUUUAUGUCGUACUAGUGCUGUUCAUCCCUUCCAAUAGUCCUAUUGGCCUCAGUGUGUAAUUCUGUUGUACACCAUGUUAUGCAGGUGUUAACAGCAGUGUUUCACUACACUAUUUACACUGGCAUUUGUUCAACUCUAAUUCAGCUCCACAAACGUAUGAGAAACUGUCUACGUGAAAGGUUUCCAGGACUGGCCCUGUAAUAUAGAGAUGUAGAGGCUUGCUUAGAGCAAUCUCUACCCCAAAGUGCUAAAAAAGCAUGCAUUUCUGCAGUGAUUCUGCAGUGAUUGCCCAUGUGUCAGAAAUAUUGUGCUGUCAGGUUCCCUCAGUUUGUAUUAUUUUUAUCAGCACAAAGCAGCAUCUGUCUCAGAGGAAACUUUGUUGGAGGACAAGUUUCAGAAGUACUGAAACUCAAGGAAAUUCACAGAACUCCAGCUGACCUGACUCACAUGGUGAUUGUGCAAGGCAAGCUUCUUUCAGAUGUAACAUCUGCCCAACAAACACAUGGAAACAACUCUUCAGGGAAUGGGUGGGCACAAUCCACCAGGACUUUUCCUACACCAUUUUUAUUGUGAUUGAUGGGAAUUGCUCGAGAGAGAUGCUUUUGCAUAACAUCCAAAGAUUUCAAGGAGUUUUUUUGUAGGAUACUUUUUCCCUCAUCACCUUAUCCCUGAUGGAUUGUGUCCUCUGUUUUGUUUUUAAAGUGACUUUCUAUCUUGAUUGUGCCAGGGUGCUUUGAGCUAUAUUUUAUGAUGGCAUCUAUGGUUUACAGAUUGGUACUGUUCACCUUUUCUGUGGGUAAAACCAUAUUGAGCCACCCCAUGUGAUUCAAACAGGUUUUUUUCCUAUUAACUAUGACAAUAUGUUUCUCAGUGCUAAUGUUUACACUAAGCGGUAUGGCACUCAGUAAAUCUGCAUUGCUUUUCUAAAGGAAGAAUUGACACCCUCUUUUUUAUCAGCUUAUGCAGACAGCUUGCCAGUCCUGUUUCUUCUCUGUACUCCAAAUUCACUGCAACCUACCUGCCAACCAGGAGGCGUAUCCAUUGCAUGUGCCACAUUUAUUUACUAGGAAGGGAGGGAUGUUCUUAUGUAGGUUGGAACUGCUAUGUUUUUAAAUAUUAUAAAUUAAGUAUUAACCAUUUCUGUAAAACAAACAAAAACUUACUCUAAUUAUUCAUCUAUUUAUAUAUGUCAUAAGGAUGCUAGUUCAAGCUGUAGGAUGUUUUGGCGCAGGGGUGAGAAAGUCCUUGACUCGCUUUGUAGCUAUUUAAUUAUAUUGGAAGCUUGCAACAAUUCUGUGUGCAGAAAACAGAAGCUCUUUAGGGGGUUAGGGGAUAUGCAACUAUGAGGGGAUUGACUUGUAAUCAGUUGACAUUGCAGAGCCCUUCUGUGCUUUGCAAAGAAAUCUUAACUUCUGUGAGAUGGACAGUGAUGGAAGCUAGAUUUUUUUUAAAGCUACAUGUGAAUUGCAUUAUGGCUUUAAAGCCAGGUUUUUGCAUUUGAGAUUUUGUUGUUGUAAUCGUUCAGUCGACAGUAUUGUUCAAAUGUUUUGUUUUGUUUUCUGUUGCUUUCUUUAUUUUUAAGUGACCUCCAGCUAGUUGUGGUUUUUAUGGGUAUUCAACCAAGUCUGAGCUAGCUUUCUGACAUGAAGAUUUGCUAUCACACCAACUCACGUGCAACUGGUACUUUUGACCUCAUUCCAGUGGUUUAAAUGCAAUUGACAGAACAUAUUGUUCCACAGCUAUUGUAUUGACCUGGCUCUCUCAUUGGUGCUGGGCCUCUCUCUACCUUUUUCUUCUGUUUUCUUUUCUUGGAGAAACUGAUUUUUUAAAGUCCACUGCUCAGAUAAGUCUAUCGUUUCAAGCUUUUUAGGAUGAGUUUAGCUUUUCACCAUUUACAAAUGACUGAUAUGUAUAUUUUUCUUCAUUGGACUAUAUAUUGUGUAUGGUUCUUCAGAACUACAUGUGGCUCUUGGGUUAAUGUCAAGAGAGACAUGUAGGAGAAUUAGCUUCAGAACUGGACACGAAACGACACAUUUGAAUAAAUAACUGACCAAACUUCUAUUGGAAAAUAAAUAAGUAGGCAUUGCUGAACAAUGCAGAAGGAGAAAAUACCUUCGAUUGAUAAAAAAUUCAUAAAGGAAUUAAUAGGUUUGUCUGAGUUUGACGUUUUGUGCUAGAUGGAAACUGCUUUUGCACUGAUACAAAGAGCAUGUAAGGAGUAUGCAUUUAGCUUUGUCCAGUCUGAAACUAGUCCUCCUUUUUAUUUGCCUUUGCUAUACUUUGUAUUGCCAGAAAACCUCAUUUCAUUUAGGCUUUUUCUGCUUUUGUCAGGUGAGUAUUACACUAUGUAAUAUAUUUGUUUCUCCGUGUUAUCUUGGGGGUGCCUUGAAUACAACUGAAGUUCAUUGCAACCUGAUUCUGGAACAAAAUAGCUAGUUUAAAAGGAAAAAAAAGACUCAAUCAAGUUACCAAGACAUCCCCAUAUUUAUAUUCUAGACCUAACAUAUGACGACUCAGGCGUCAGAGUUUGAUGCUGCAGUAUAAAACUAUUAUUUUAUAUAUUGUGCAAGUAAAUUAUUCAAUGUCUUUCUAAGGAUAUAUGCUGCUUUAAAGAUGCACUAUUUUAUUUUAUUUUUUUGGAUCUAAUCCAUGUAUUUUUGUUCCCAAGGAAGUAAAAAAAAAAAAAAUCAUUGGAUACACAAACCACUGUGAUUAGUAUUUACAACUGCUGUCUCUUUUAAAAAAAAUAGUGUGGGCGUUGGAUAAAACUUAGUGUAACAGAUUCAGCUGCUGAUAAUAUGGUAGUUAAGGGUUACAUUCAACUCAUGUCCAAGCUUUUAAUUUCAAAAGCUUUAAUAAACCCAGC